AUGACAAUAGAUAUUAAUCUGUUCAGAUUAGAAAAGGGCCAUGAUCCGCAGCUGAUCAAAGAUUAGCUAAGAAACAGGUUCAAAAAAAAAGAAGAGAUACAGAGAGUUGAUUAUAUAGUGGAUUUGGAUAAAAAUUACCGAAAGCAAGAAUUUAUAAUCAACUAAAAAAACAAGCAGAUUAACCAUAUAUAAAAGUAGAUCGGAGAGUUAAAAAAGGAUAAAAAGUCCUGUGAUGAUUUGAUAAGUUAAAAUUAGCAGCUGAAAAUAGAAAAGAUAAAAUAAGAGAAAGAUUUAGAUAGCAUAUAAAAUUUACUUUGAUUAGAAGUCAGGAAAAUAGGAAAUUUCCUCAAUAAGGAAGUUAUUAUUUCCAAAAAUGAAAAAGAUAAUAAAAUAAUAAGACAAUGGGGAGAGAGACCCAACAUCAAGAUAACACAGGUUCCUGGCUAGGCCUACCACCAUCAGGUGCUAUCUAUGCUGGAGGGCUAUGACCCCAAAAGGGGCUCGAAGAUAUCCGGCCACUGAGGCUAUUUUCUAAAAGGAAUAGGAGUCGUCCUGAAUAUGGCCUUGAUCAACUACAGCUUAUCUUUCCUAAGACAGAGAAACUAUGAGCUUUAGCAAGGCCCUCUCUUCAUAAAGAAAAACAUCUUAGCUCCUCUUUGUCAAUUAUAAGACUAUGAUGAUUAGUUAUAUAAGAUUUCCGAUGACAGCUAAGAGACAAAAGAAGAUAAAGAAAAAUACUUGAUAGCUACCUCAGAGCAAUCUAUAUUAGGCCAAUACUAAAAUGAGUGCUUUUAAAGCAAUGACUUACCUAUGAAGAUAGCAGGCUAUUCCACAUGCUUUAGAAAAGAAGCGGGAGCCCAUGGGAAAGAUAUCUGAGGAAUUUUCAGAGUGCACCAAUUUGAGAAGAUAGAACAGAUCGUUAUCUGCUAGCCUUAGGAAAGUAUGAAUGAGUUUAACAAGCUCUGUGAAACCAUAGAAGACUUCUAUAAAUCUCUAAAGCUGCCUUAUUGAUUAGUUUCCAUAGUCUCGGGAGAAUUGAACGAUGCCGCUAGCAUAAAGUACGAUUUGGAGGCUUGGUUCCCCGGCUACGAGGACUAUAGAGAAUUGGUCUCAUGUUCGAAUUGCACUGAUUAUCAGGCAAGAGGCUUAAAUGUAAAAUUCUUCAAAAAAAAUGACAAGAACAGGGAAUAUGUCCACAUGCUGAAUUGCACUCUUUGUGCUACCGAGAGGACACUCUGCUGCAUUUUGGAGAAUUACUAAACUGUCGAGGGGCUGCAAGUCCCCGAGGUCCUGGUGCCCUUUAUAGGUCAAGAGUUCAUUCCCUAUAAGAAUACAAAUAUAGAGAAAGUGUAG